GAGGAGAUGCCACUAUCAGAGAUGAAGCUGUUGCUGACUGUCACAGGGCUCCUGGUCCUUCUGGCCAUGCCCCACAGGGUCACUCCAGCCGUCCCUGGGGAAGUGGAGACCUCAGUGGUGCUGACCUGCAUGGAGGAGGCCAAGCGGCUAGUGGACAAGGCUUACAAGGAGCGGCGGGAAAGCAUCAAGCAGCGGAUGCACAGUGGCCUGGCCAGCCCCAUGGAACUCCUAUCCUACUUCAAGCAGCCGGUGGCAGCCACCAGGACAGCCGUGCGGGCCGCUGACUACCUGCACGUGGCCCUGGAUCUGCUCAAGAGGAAGCUGCAGCCCCUGUGGCACAAGCCUUUCAAUGUCACCGACGUGCUGACACCUGCUCAGCUGAACCUGCUGUCUAAGUCAAGCGGCUGCGCCUACCAGGACUUGGGGGUGACGUGCCCCAAGAAGGACGAGUAUCGCACCAUCACUGGGCAUUGCAACAACAGGCGCAGCCCCACGCUGGGCGCCUCCAACCGCGCCUUCGUGCGCUGGCUGCCCGCCGAGUACGAGGACGGCGUCUCGCUCCCCUUCGGCUGGACGCCGGGUGUCAAGCGCGGCGGCUUUUCCGUUCCCCUGGCCCGGGCCGUCUCCAACGCCAUCGUGCGCUUCCCCACGGAGCAGCUGACCCCGGACCAGGAGCGCGCGCUCAUGUUCAUGCAGUGGGGUCAGUUCAUCGACCACGACCUGGACUUCACCCCCGAACCAGCCGCCCGGGCCUCCUUCCUCACCGGCCUCAACUGCGAGAUCAGCUGCCUGCAGCAGCCGCCCUGCUUCCCGCUCAAGAUCCCUCCGAAUGACCCCCGUAUCAAGAACCAGCAGGACUGCAUCCCCUUCUUCCGCUCCUGUCCAGCUUGCACCAGGAGCAACAUCACCAUCCGAAACCAGAUCAAUGCGCUCACCUCCUUCGUGGACGCCAGUGGGGUGUAUGGCAGUGAGGGGCCAGUGGCCAUGAAACUGCGCAAUCUGACCAACCAGCUGGGGCUGCUGGCCGUCAACACCCGCUUCCAAGACAACGGCAGGGCCCUGUUGCCCUUUGACAGUCUGCACGAUGACCCUUGUCUCCUCACAAAUCGCUCUGCACAAAUCCCUUGUUUUCUGGCAGGGGACACCCGCUCCAGUGAGAUGCCCGAGCUCACCUCCAUGCACACCCUCUUUGUUCGAGAGCAUAACCGGCUGGCCACACAGCUCAAGCGCCUGAACCCCAGGUGGAGUGGGGAGAAGCUCUACCAGGAAGCACGGAAGAUUGUGGGGGCCAUGGUCCAGAUCAUCACUUACCGAGACUACCUACCCCUGGUGCUGGGGCCAGUAGCCAUGAGGAAGUACCUACCCACAUACAGAGGCUACAAUGAGUCCGUGGACCCAAGGAUCUCCAACGUCUUCACCAAUGCCUUCCGCUAUGGCCACACCCUCAUCCAACCCUUCAUGUUCCGCCUGAACCACCAGUACCAGCCCCUGGGACCCAACCCUCGAGUCCCACUCAGCCAGGUCUUUUUCGCCAGCUGGAGGGUGGUGCUGGAAGGCGGCAUUGACCCUAUCCUUCGGGGCCUUAUGGCUACCCCUGCCAAGUUGAAUCGGCAGAACCAAAUUGUGGUGGAUGAGAUCCGGGAGCGAUUGUUUAAGCAGGUCAUGAGGAUUGGGCUGGACCUGCCAGCUCUGAACAUGCAGCGCAGCCGGGACCACGGCCUCCCAGGGUAUAAUGCCUGGAGGCGCUUCUGUGGGCUCCCCCAGCCCGGCAACGUUGGUGAGUUAGCCACGGUGCUCAAGAAUCUGGGUCUGGCACGGAAACUGAUGGAACAGUACGGCACACCCAACAACAUCGACAUCUGGAUGGGUGGCGUGGCUGAGCCCCUAGAACCCAACGGCCGGGUGGGCAAGCUCCUGGCCUGCCUCAUCGGCACCCAGUUCAGGAAUCUUCGUGAUGGAGAUCGGUUCUGGUGGCAGAAUGCAGGUGUAUUCAGCACGCGGCAGCGCCAGGCCCUGGCCAGGAUCUCCUUGCCCCGUAUCAUCUGUGACAACACAGGCAUCACCACCGUGUCCAAGAACAAUAUCUUCAUGUCCAACUCAUACCCCCGGGACUUUGUGGGGUGCAGCUCUCUCCCGACGCUGGACCUGAGUCCCUGGAGGGAGGCCUAGGGGCUGGGUAAGGGCUCACUGCACUGCGGGAACCAGAUGGACAGAAACUGGGGCUCACUGGCCGUUUUGUAUCAUAUGUUUGUACCUGACAUUUAUAGUAAUAAAGCACUGC